AUGCUAGUGCUGUACAGCGCAGUGCAGGGGCAGAAGAAAGCGGUAGCAGAUCUUAUAGAAGCAGAGUUGUGGGCGCAGGAGGACGCAGAGGACAUAGCGCGGAGCCACGUAGAGCUGGUGCAGGAGAUAGUUAACUGCUUCAUAACGCUAAGCACGCACGGUAGCCUGCCCACGCCUAUAGACUGGGUGCUACAGCUACGGGCGUAUGGCAAGAAGAUCAGGGGCGAGGUGACUGCGGAGGGCACCGUUCAGUGGGUAGGAGACAUAAUCCUGCAUGGCUACACGCAGUACAGCAUGCCUGCGCUGCGCUCAAUAAUCUACGGCCUGGUGGAGACAACGCGUAGGGAACUGGAGAGGGACUUGCUGCUUCUGGACGUCGACGAGCUCGGCCAGCUCGCUGAGGGAGCGACCCCGUUGCCGACGAUCGAAUGGGACAAGAUUGUGGACAAUCCCGCCGAGCUGCGGUCUGGAUUCAACUUCUUCUAG